AUGAAAAGUGAAUUAGAAAUAGAAAAGCCAUCAUAUUAAUAAUUGAAUGAUGAUACACAAAAAUCAAAUUGUUUUUUCUAUCAAGAAGAUCCAAUUACAAUGUAUAAUCAAGUAAACUAUAAUCUAAUUUUCUUUAGUUUAUUAGAUUAUACAAUGAAGAAAUCAAUUUGAUAAAUGGAAUUAAAUUAAAAGAGAUGAAACCUAGUAAAGUUGUGCAAUUUGUCCAUUAUUUUUUACAUAGUUUUUUGGGUUCAUUUAUUCUUUUGAUUCUUGUAUUUAUUCCUAUAGUUAACAUUAUUUUUUUCUUUUUCAUCGGAUCAGCAUCAUAUAGAUUGAAUAUAAAUUAUUUGAUAUUUAAGAAUAAUAUAAGUAAAUUCAAUUAAAAAUUAUAGGUUUGGUUAUAGAUCCUUUUAGUAAUAUGGUUGAAAAUUAGGAUAUUUGUGUUAUGAUGAAGAAAAGAUAUGUGGUUUUUAAGCUAGAUAUUAAAGAAACAGAAGGACUUCAUUUUGCGAAAAAUGUUAAAGAAAUGAUUAAAAAUAGAUCUAAUAAUAAAAAUAAAAUUGAAUUUACAAUUUACAACUAAAAUUUAAAGGAAGACUAUUAUGGUUAUCCAAAUCAUAGAUGCACAUAUCUUGUAUGGAGUAUUAUAAGCUUAAUCAUAUGUUUAAUUGAAUUGGUUUUAUUAUUCAUAAUGAUAAUUAAAUUGUGA